AUGAUGCACCAUGAUGCUCCAUGCCUCAGGAGCAGCCUCACCGAGAUCGAUGCAGGGGAGCCCUAUGGGCUCCGACGCUGGGUGCGCUAUGAGCCCCAAGAGCCUCGAGAUUUCCCCAGUCGUGAACACAGAGAUGUGGCAGUUGCAAAGCCCAGACUUCGCUGGUUAUGCCUAGCCCGUUCUGUGGACGUCGGGACGUCCAUGCAGAGGUUUCCUGAGACUGGGCAGUUGGGGUAUCACAUCAAUGCCUACCAGACCUUGGAUGGUGAGAGCCUGGUGAGUUACCAAUGUGUGGUGCGCCGCGACGAGUGGGAGCUCAUUCGGGAACCCAUUCUGCAAGCCUACGCGCUACAGAGGACCCGAAAGACGAGUAUUCGAGUGGUUGGUGCUCUUACGAGCGGUCUGGAAUCUGAACUUGAGGGCCCGAUCAUUUUGGGUCCACAACUCCUCUAUUGCAAGAGCCCGAAUCGCAUGAGUUCUUUGCCCUCUUCCGAACUGCAAGAGUUGAAGCGGGAAAUUCGAGAGUUGACAGAGCGGGUUCCCACCGUGUCCCAAUCUGGACGGCCGAAAGCCGGCCGAGUGCACGAUCCAGUUGGUGUGUACUCCUCAUUUGCAGCUAUCAAGCCCCUGGUGCGAGACGGGGACUAUCUCGGGGAGUCGAUCUUCGCGGGCUUCCCUACUCGCUGGGAGGCAGAAGCGGAUGCAAGCCCUGACGGGCAACCCCUGACCUCGGCUGACAUGUUGAGGCAGUUCACGGUGCUCUCAGGUGAAUUAAACCAACCUGAUAACGACUAUCCUGUGGGAAUCUGCGAAGUCAGCUCAGCUACAGGUGACGUCCUUCGGGUUUCUAUCAUUGUUCUUGGCGAGGUCUCAGGCCGCUUCGUUGUUGCUGUGCCGGUUUCAAGUUGGCAUCGCACGGUGGCCAAGCGUCGCCUUCCCAGCAGUUUCAUGACUAAGGCUGUCGCUUGUGAGGUUCCUUUUUCAACAGCACGGUCCUUAGAUGCAGAGACCUUUAAUUCAAGAUUGUGGCUUGGUUUACUAACUACAGAUUAUGAGGAGACCAUCUCCUUUGACACCACGGGUGAACCUGCCGCUGACAUUUAUUUUGAUGAAGAUGAAGUGAUGCUACCAGUUGCUCCUAUGAUGAUUGAAAGCGCUGAGAAGUAUUUUGCUUUGAGGCCCUCUACCUCGGCUUUCGAGUCUGCUGUUCAAGGGUCGGGAACAGACCCGAUGAUGCAAGCUCGAGUCGGUGCUUUGGAGUCCACCUUAGGGGACAUCAAAGACCAGCUGGCGCUGUUGCUGAAGCGAGACGCUCCAGCUACCCCUGCUGCUCCCAAGCCGCGUGAGGCGCGCCCUGCGCAGCCGACUACACCUGGGGUGCUGAUCCCAGGCCUUGAUCCAGCAGUGGUACAAGCGGCAUUGACUGCUGGCGUCUCCCGCUCGCAUUUGGAAGAGAUGGCAAAGGUUGCAGCUGUAGGGAAACCGAAACUGCCUGAUUUGCCUACAGGCUCCAAACCUCGCAAGGAUGCUCUCUCAGAGAGCGAGGAUGAGGUCCCGGUAGCCGAUGACACAGGUGGACAGACGGGGGAAGGCCAGGAGGUGGAUCCUAUGGUGGCGGCCAUUUCAAAAUUGACGACGAUUACUCAACAUCUGGCAGGACAGAAGCGGAAGGAGAAUACCCUCGACUUCCUACUAGACGGUGCUGGCUUUCAGGCUUCCUCGGACGCCUCAAGCGGGAGUUCUUCUCGCAAGAGCGCGGCUGCUCUCCGAGCUUUGAGAAGAGCCCUGAGGACAGACCCUCAGCAGAUUUACAAGACAGUCGAGAGGAACAUGGCCGAGGAUUUCCAGCUCAGACAAUCCCUUCCGGGCAACCAGACCGUGUCAGUCACUGCCCGGGGUUGGCUGGAGGCACGCAGCCGGGUCCAGAAUUUCAGGACCCCUGUCACACUACUGUGGGGCAUUGCAGGUAUUCUCGACUGCUUGCGGGACGAGCGGGUAUCAGAAGCCAGGGCUCGGGCCUGUCUUUUGUUGUGCCAAGGCGACCAGCUCUCCAUCGACAGGGGUUCAUGGACAGUGGCCGCUCCUAUGUCGUUAGAGGAUCCACCUCCCUUUUCUGUUUUCGCCACCCACACGCUGCCGUCGGAAAUAGAAGCUCCGAUGACAAAGCUGGUCGAUGCUCGGUGGAUGGACUUGUUUCUUCAUCACCUGGCGGAGAUAGAUCAGUUGAUCGAGAAGAAGAAGAAGUUGGGGCGCAAGCCGAUAGCCGAGACUCCUUCUCCAGCCGACCCCAAAUCACCUUCUCCGAAGAAGCAGCCGCGCGACAAAGGCAAAGCCGGCAGCAAAGGAUCUGGAUCGGGCGGGGCUGGCAGGGAGGGAGCGAGGGAGAGGGAAACAGCAGCCCAGCCGGUGUGGCCUAUUCCAGUGCCUUACUUUGUUUUGGCGCCAGAGGUCGACGAUGCCAGUAGACAACAAGCUGCUUGGCAGAGGCGGCUUCGGCGAUUGACAGGUGAAUGGCUCGACUUUGCUGAUGUUACAGCAGAAACCAUGGGCCGCACUGCAGGGAAAGUUGAGAGCCUUGAGACUAUGAUCCACAAGCUCGAGAAGGUAGCAGCUGCUUUAUCCCCCUCCAGCGGGUCUGGUAAAGGACCCUCUUUUGCGGCUCAGUUGCAAGAGGCUGGAGGAAGCAAAGUCGAGGCUGCCCAAGCUGCAAAGCCUAUUGAGGCUCACAGACUCAACUUUCGAGGCCGACCUGCUUUUGACCCUGACCGAUACUUAGCCGAGCCGGCCCGGUCCCUUUACAAGGACCCUUUGCAGUAUGCCACCCUUCCAGAAGAGUGUGUUGAGAAUGUUCCGGCUGUCAAAGUGCGAGGAGCUCGUAAGGAAAUCCUCGCCUUGCUAGCUGCUCUCGACGCUACUGGACGAUUGGCUCUUUUCUCGCCAGUGCAGAUCCGGAUGGACUUUCGAGCUGGAAUGUUCGCCCUGAUGAAAAAUUUGACCACCGACCGGCUGAUUCUCGACUGUCGACCUGCCAAUCUUCUAGAACCAGGGCUCAAUGAAUGGACUCAGACCAUGGGAGCUUUGAUGCCUAUUUUAGGUCUUCAUGUACCUCCAGGUUUUCACGUUGUGGCUUCAGGGGAGGAUUUGAAAGAUUAUUACUACUACUACCUGAUCUCCCCUGUCCGAGCUCGCCGCAAUGCUUUGGCGAUGACUCUCACCCGUGCCGAGGCUCGCAGAUUCAGAGGCGCAUACCGCUCUGCUGAUCGAACUUCGCCUGUGUUGGUCCCAGCGUUGGCUACAAUGGCUAUGGGAGACCUCAAUGCAGUAGAGUUUGGACAGCAAGCCCAUGUCAGACUUAGCCUCAUGCACGGAGUUGCAAAGAUGUUGGAUUUGAUGACCUUGAGGGGGCAGUUUCCUCGCCAACACUGGGCUGCAGGCUUUGUGAUCGACGACUUCAUUGUUGUGGAGGCGGUACCGCGCUCCCUCGAGCCUAGCAAUUACACUUCGACUCGAGUAGCAGACGCCAUGGUCAAAGUCUAUGCCGAAGUUGGGUUGCAGGCGAAUUCAUCUAAGCGAUUCCGAGCAGACAAGCAUCCUCAAUUCUGGGGUAUUAGCAUUGAGGGCACGGAAUGCCUAGUCAGAGCACAGCUGGACAGAGUUAUUCCGAUGGCAUUUAUCACUGCACGUGUCGCCAAGGUCGGAGUUGCCACCAGACAUCUGCUGCAAAUUCUGGCAGGAGCCUGGACCGCUAUCAUGCAGAGCCGCAAGCGCUUCAUGUGUUUGUUGGAUGCUUUGUUUUCAGCUAUACAUUCCCAUGAAUAUGACUGCUUGUUUGCAUUAGAUGUGGACACAGUGGCAGAGCUUUGGACCCUGGUCUCCUUGGCACCUUUGAUGUGUUCUGACCUCCAAGCAAGGACGUCUAGUCAUUGCCUCGCCGUUGACGCAUCGGACCACAAGGUUGCAGGGGUCUCCACAGAGCUGCCUCAGCCCUUUGUGCAAGAGCUGACUCGACAUGCCAUGACUCGAUCGGCAUGGAGCCGCUUGCUAUCGCCCUGGAAAACCUACCAGAAAUGCCGAGGUUUGCUGGCGCCUGAAGACGAAGUCCCAGACGGAGAAGAACCCGCUCGGGCUCAUCCUGUCUGGAGGCAGAUCUGUCGCAGUGUUCAGUUCGAGCCGCUUUUUUGUUACCAAGUGCCAACCGGUCAGCAUAUCAACAUCAGUGAGUUGAACGGUUGUUUGCAAGCAGAACGGAUGAUUGGUGAGCGCGAGCCAGAUUCGCGCAACAACAUGGCCACAGAUUCUCAAGUAGCUUUAGGUGCUUUGGUUCGAGGUAGAUCUUCUUCUUCCAGUUUGAAUGAACUGUUGAAAGCUCAUCUGCCCACAUUGUUAGUGUACAACAUUUACUCGUUUUUGCAGUAUGUACCUUCCGGGGACAACCCGUCAGAUGACCCGACCAGAGAUGUUCCGCUCAGAGCCCCAGUUGAAACCGCACCUGCAUGGCUUCAAGCAGCUUUUGAAGGCGAUUUCAAAUUACUGGACGAACAUUUGGCCGACAGCAAAGCUGACCUAGCGACGCUGGCUAGGCUUCCAGAAUUUGUUGAGGGAGAUGUGCCAUCGCCUUGGUUUAUCUCGGAAAGAAAGCUCCGCCGCGCGGCUUACGCUUCGUGUAGAGGGUCACCAGCGGCGAGACAGAUGGCAAAUCAACCGCAGGCUGCACAGCCCGAACUUUGGCGAGCUGAUCGGAGCUCGGUUCUGGAGGUUGAAGCGGAACAACGUCUCCGAAGCUUACCGCUGAGCCAAUUUGUUUUUCCGAGAGAUUGGUCUGCCGCUCGCUGCCGAGAAGCCUUGCAUUACAGGGGUGCGCUGGAUCUAUUUUCCGGAAGCCGAGGGCUAGCCAGAGCCUUAGCCCGGCACCACCAUUGUUGGGUGCUCACCUAUGACAUCCUGCAUGAUAGUGCCGAAGAUUUGUUGGACGACCUGGUGCAAAGCGAAAUACAGAAGCUGGUUAAGUUAAAGUGCUUUGACAUUUUGACAGCUGGACCUGUGUGUUCUUCCUUCUCUCGUGCAGUCCGACCUCCUGUCCGAAGCCGUAGUCGACCGCGAGGUUUCGAAACAGUGACUGAAAGUAUGAAGAGGAAGAUUCAUGAUGGGAAUGCUUUUUCAGUUUGGCUAGCUGCUUUAGUUUGGCUGGCCUUUUCGUGUGGUGUGAUCUUCCUGAUCGAGAACCCGUGGAUGUCGUUUCUCUGGGAUCAGCCAGAAUGGAAAGAGCUAGCAAGCCAUGAACGAGUGGGAUUUUUCACAACUGACUGUUGCGUCUGGGGAGCCCCUUGGCGAAAGAGGACCUCUUUUCUGACAAAUAGUUAUCUGUGGGGCUGCAAACUGUUGUGCGCAUGUCAGAAGCCAAUCAACCACAUCCAGUUAAAGGGCUACUCCUCCCGAAACAAGAUGCCCUGGACAAAGGUUGCAGAAGCUUAUCCCAUCCGCCUGUGUAACACACUGGCCCUGUACCUGAGCAAUGAUUGCCUGCCACCUGAGCGGCAGCGCAAACUGGACUUGGCAGCGUGCGCGCGCUGCAACUCCCGAGUUGGAGAGGCGAAGAAACCUGGGCCCAGGCCUGCACGCCCGAGACCCGCAGUGGAUCUGGAGAAUGUGCAGCUGCUCUCCUCUCAUACGUUGGCGAUCCAGCAACGAGCGCGUUCUUUGUUUGCCACUUGGCUGGGCAGGGUGUUGGGGCCUGAGCUACUGGAAGUGUUUUCGACUCAGCCAGAACUAGCGACACCGUUGCUAAGAGCGUUUGGUCGAUUUUUGUUCGAAGCACAACAACCUCUGUAUCUUUACCGGCAACGCCAUUUCCAUGUUUUUCCUGGACCACUUGCAGAAGCCUGGGAUCUGAUAGCUAGAUGGGAGCGUGUCCAGCCAGUAGUUCAUCGCACUCCCAUGCCAAAGAUAAUUUUCGAUGCCAUGAUCUGUUUAGCCUGGACAUGGAGAUGGAAGCGUUGGGCAACAUUGACUUUGUUGGCCUUCCAUGGAAAACUACGUGUCAGCGAGCCCUUGAGAGCAAGACGAAAAGAUCUGCUGCUCGCUAGUGAAACAGGCUCGGAUGUCAGAGCUGUGUAUUUGAACAUCCCAAAGUCUAAGACAAGUCACAGAGGCAAAGGGGUGGUGCAACACACUCGCAUUAACGACGAGCUGACAUUGUUAGCUGCAGAGAGAAUUUUCGGACCGCUCCUGCCCGAUGACUUCCUCUACCCGACAACACCGUCGACGUAUCGACGGCGAUGGGAUGUACUUUUGAGCACUCUUCAGAUAGAUGCUGCCAUAGGAUUAACCCCGGGUACCUUGCGAUCUGGUGGUGCAAUUUUCGCCUAUCACCAGGGUACAGCAAUCAGUGAAAUUCAAUGGCUGAUGCGCUUGAAGAGUGUAAAUACACUUGAGAGUUAUUUGCAAGAAACAGCCGCAAUGAAUGUGAUGCAGAAGCUUCCCAGAGAUGUCCGUACUAGAGAGCCUUCAGAGGACGAGGAAGAUCAACACGUCGUCGGUGCACGAGCCAUGCAGCGUCCCAAGACCAUGGUGCUCGAGCGCGUGCCGGUGCUGGUAGCAUGA